CUUCUCUUUUCUCUCAAGCGCAGGAUUAGACUUCUUUGCGACCAGAAACACCACAAGUCCCUCUCUCGACACUCACAAAUCCCAAUCCAUUUGCAAUGGCUCCUCAGGCAAAGAAGUCGGGCAAGGCCCAGAAGCAGACCAAGAAGUACAUCAUUGAUGCUUCUCAGCCUGCCAGCGACAAGAUCUUCGACGUCGCUGCCUUCGAGAAGUUCCUCCAGGACCGCAUCAAGGUUGAGGGCCGCACCAACAACCUCGGUGACAACGUUGUUGUCAAGCAGCAGGGUGAGGGCAAGAUCGAGAUCAUUGCCCACAACGAGCUCUCUGGUCGUUACCUCAAGUACCUGACCAAGAAGUUCCUCAAGAAGCAGCAGCUGCGUGACUGGCUCCGCGUCGUUUCCACCUCUCGCGGUGUCUACGAGCUCAAGUUCUUCAACGUCGUCAACGACGAGGCUGACGAGGACGACGAGUAAACGAAACAAAUUGCAAUGCAUUGCAACGGCGCAGGAAUGGAUUGGUGAAUUGGGACACGGGAUCUACAAAAGUUAAGGACUUGGCCAAUAGACCCAGCCAUUUGUGUGGCACUCUUUGUGGUGUUCAUAUUACUGUUUCCUACAAAUUUCUGUGACUGCUGUGCAAUGUAGUCGUAAAUCAUGUGUUAAUAUUGGAUAU